UUCUGUCGUAUUAAGGUGGUAGGAUCGCCACCAGUGGUCCUAGCUUGGUGACUUAAUAGUUCGUAACUGAGGGCUGGAGAGCUGGCUCAGCAGUUAAGAGCACGGGGUGCUCUUCCAGGGGACCUAGGUUCAGUUCCCAGCACCUACACAUCGGCUUAUAAACGUCUGGAACUCCAGCUUCAGAGAAUCUGUGAGCAUUUUAUGCACAUGGUGCACAGUUACACAUGCAGGCAAAACACACAUGAAAUGAAAACAUCCAAGAGUGCAGAACUGCCAUACACCUCCAACCCACACUUCUCUCCAGGCUUCCUCUUCCCAGUCCUCAGCACUGUGGCCCCAUGUGUGCUUAACAGAAGGUUGAGCCACCUGAAUAUGUACAAGAAAGCAAGAAAGGCACCCUGCAACCCCGUUACGGCUGGAGUCUGAAGGAGUUCCUCAGCCAUUACAGCUCUAUUCCCAACUGAUUGCUCUGGAUUCAUCUAGAACCAUAGAGAAAUGAGUUCAAGGCUGCUCAUACCCACUUUGUAGCCUGGGACAACCCCACAGCUUCUCAGAACAUGGCUAAUAAGUCUAGCACUGGGCCCCUGCUUCCCUAGUUUAUGGGGCGGAAGCAGCCAGUGAACUGGGUCCUUGUCUUGGGUCCCAUAGUCCAGGGACAGAGGCCCCAGAACCUGUGUGUACUCAUUUGUCAGUGCCCGGGCUGGUUUACCUCUGUGAGUCUCCUGCAGCUGGCCUCACACUUUUGCUGGCCUGGGGGCAGGGAGAGAAGACCCUGCAGACCUGCCGGGAACACCCUGUGUAUGCCCAGAAGGACUGGUGCAUCAGUGCGGCUGCCAAGCAGUGGCGGUCUGGAUGAAGCCUUGCGUCUAAGACACUAAGUCCUCCAAGUGUUCCCUCUGCCUUUCCAAGUCCCCCAGCUUUCCUGAGCCCCCCCUCUCCUGGGUUGCUUGCCCCACCCCCUGCCAAGGCUGCGGCUCCAGCUUGUCCUGCCUGCUGACCUGCUGGCAGCAUGGAUUCGCACAUGGCUCUGGAUAAGCUGGAGCUGGGGAUCAAAGUCAUUGGGCUCAGAGGCUGCUAGAGACCAUGGGAAGGGGACUGUGUCAGCUGAGCGAUGGGCACUUUGGCUAGAAGCGUGGACAUCGUGUGCAGAGGAUCUUUGCAAGGACUUUCGUGUAGAGGUCUCCACGACCCUGCUAAUUGGCAGAACUAAAGGAGCAUAUGACCAGGAAAGAAGGCAAGGGGCGAGGCUGGCUAAAUCUGGUUUCCUUGGUGUGGAAAACAAGAGAAUGAAUCUAACAAUGUCUGAAGUGUCAGGGAUCUCAGGGCUUGGGGUAUCUGGGAAGCUGAGCCUGGUCUGUGGUAGUACUUGUCCUUCAGAGUUGGUGGGCCCUGCUGAGAAGGCAGAAGUGGAGAGAGCCAUCUCGGCUGCCCCCAAACUUAGUUUCCUCUUUUAGUUUUCAUCACACCCUGACCCCUACUUUAUGCCAGUCACUCUGUGGGCUGGUGGACAUAAACUUUCAGACUACAGCAAAAGGUUGGUCCUGAUCUUAUGGAUCUUUUGAUCUGGUGAACAAGCCAGACAAAGCUGCAGGGAAAACUCCAAGAAUCCUCUCUAUGACACUCACACUCCUGCCGCCAGACUAAGGAGAGUAUGUCUAACCUCCUCCAGCCACUGGAACCCACUUCUGCGAGGAGAAACAGGAUGAGGAGGGAGAGGAGGAGGUGGUGUGUGGCCUUGGGGCUCAUGGAGAAGACUGGAUGCCCUUAAGGCCUGCAGAGCCUGCAGUCUGCUUGAGGCCAUUUGGGCCAUCAGAAACAGCCAACAGCCUGGAAGACAUCUUGGAGCUCUUGCCCUCUGCUCUGCAGGACUUAGCUCAGAAGGUCUUGAAAUGUCUCUGAGGUUGACUUCUGCCCCCAACCCUGCUCCCAGCCUGCCCUCCCAGACCUGGGCAUCUGGCAUCGGCUUUAUCAGGAUUCUCAAGAGGGACAGCUGGUUUAUGUUACAAGCCUGUUCCCUGCAUAUCUGCUGUGGUUUUAAAUAGCUUUAUCUGAGCAGCUGGAGGACCACAUGAGCUUAUAUGGCGUGGGGCACUUGUUCCUUUAGUCCUGUGCUGGGCACCUGCCAAAAUAGCAGCCAACACCCCUCAUUGUGUCCCCCUCCCAUCUCCUGCUGCACAUUCCUCCCACCGCAGGGCUUGGCUCGCAGGGCCCCAGCCCACAUGCCUGCUUAAAGCCCUCUCCAUGCUCUGCCCUCGGACAGUCCCUGCUGAGGCUGAGCAGAUACCUCAGAACCCGUGUGCAGCUCCUGUUCAGAGAGCCGAGGCCAUGUCUGACGCGGAGGAGGUAGUGGAGGAGUACGAGGAGGAGCAGGAAGAUGCUGUGGAAGAGGAAGACUGGAGUGAAGACGAAGACGGUAAGCAAGAGGAGGCAGUGGAAGAGGAGGAGGAUGGUGGGGCUGAGGCUAAGCCUGAGGAUGAGGCUGAGACAGAGGAGACCAGAGAAGAAGAGGUUGGUCCAGAUGAAGAAGCCAAAGAUGGUGAAGAUGGUCCAGUAGAGGAGUCCAAACCUAAGCCCAGCAGGCUCUUCAUGCCCAACUUGGUGCCACCCAAGAUCCCCGAUGGAGAGAGAGUGGACUUUGAUGACAUCCACAGGAAGCGCAUGGAGAAGGACCUGAAUGAGCUGCAGACACUGAUCGAGGCUCAUUUUGAGAACAGGAAGAAGGAGGAAGAGGAGCUAAUUUCUCUCAAAGACAGGAUCGAAAAGCGGCGGGCGGAGCGGGCUGAGCAGCAGCGCAUUCGCAACGAGCGUGAGAAGGAGCGGCAGAACCGCCUGGCUGAAGAGAGGGCCCGGCGUGAGGAGGAGGAGAACAGAAGGAAGGCCGAGGAUGAGGCUCGGAAGAAGAAGGCUCUGUCCAACAUGAUGCAUUUUGGAGGGUACAUCCAGAAGACAGAGCGAAAGAGCGGGAAGAGGCAGACUGAGCGAGAGAAGAAGAAGAAGAUUCUGGCGGAGAGGAGGAAGGUGCUGGCCAUCGACCAUCUGAAUGAAGACCAGCUGAGAGAGAAGGCCAAGGAGCUGUGGCAGAGCAUCCGCAACCUGGAGGCAGAGAAGUUUGACCUGCAGGAAAAGUUCAAGCAGCAGAAAUACGAAAUCAAUGUCCUGCGAAACAGAAUCAACGACAACCAGAAAGUCUCCAAAACUCGUGGGAAGGCCAAAGUCACUGGGCGUUGGAAAUGAGAGACAGAACUGCUCUCGCCAAAGCUCUGCCCCUUGCCUGCGUCCCAGCCCUGUGCAUCCCAGUGCUGGGUCCUCCUGGACACUCAAUGCAGACUCCCAUCUGGAAAGUGGGAGCUGGCCUAGCUAGAAGCCAGUACUCUGCCUGACCCCUAUGCCCACACCAUGCCAGGAAUAAAAGGCCAGCACACUGCA